AUGCCUCAGGAUCUUCCGCCCACUGGCGGCUACGAAGCCGUCCAAUAUAGGCGCAACCUCCCAACCCGCGGCUUCAAACCUGCCUAUUACCUACUUGGUGUAGGGCUGAUUAUGGCUUAUGGCUGGCGGAAAACCUUCCUUGGACAACGGGAGAAGCACGAAAUGGCCCGCGAAAAGAUGUGGUCACGCAUUCACCUGAUUCCAGUACUGCAGGCAGAAGAAGAUCGCGAUCAGGUUAGAAGGUAUUAUGCGGAUUUGGCAAGGGAAAAGGAGCUCUUGGGAAGCCAGAGCAAGGCAUACAACAGUGACAGGAAGCGUUUCAAGGACGCUGCGCACCCAAGAACCAGAAGGGACAAAGUUGCAUCAAGAAGCUCGAUCAUGCGAGAAUCAUUUGGAAGACAUAAGCUGACAGUGGGCUCUCCAGAUUUGUACGCCCGACAUACACUGCUGUGCCAUCAAGGACGACCGAAUGAUCGACAAACGUUUGACGAAUACCACUUGAAUCGAUAUGUCCGCAAAAUCCUGGGUAGACACCUGAACACUAUAUCUGGUGCCCUCUGUAUCAGUGCAUCCAUUCCGGGCCUCAAGGCAUACGAUGUUCAAUAG